UCCCACCAAGUAAACUACAUAGUAAAUAAAACAGGCAGGUCAUGCCUUUUUAGUUAUUAUAAUUCCAGCUUAUUGCAGUUGAAAUUUACAGUUUCAGAUUUUAAAUUUUAAGUCAACAAAAUUGUGACUAUAUUUUCUACCAGCCUAGCCUAAUUUUUUUGUUAUUUAUAUCAAAAUGCGUAUGCUAUGCGAUCGAUUCGCCGCCCUAAUGGCGGGCACUUUUGUGGGCAUGUGGUACUCUAUGAACUUUCCACCUCUUGAGCUGCCAGAUUUAGGUGGUGACAAGGACAAAGCGAACUCAUCUAAAAACGACCAAAAUUCCAAUACAGCAGCUGAGGGCAGCAGCAAUAAAGACGAUAAAAAUUCGAAUGAACAACCUGAAAAGGGGAAAAGAACAUCGAAAUUCGGUCAAAACUCCAACGUAGAUCAAGCAAUGGGAAACAUGAGAUCAAAUGCUGACAAGUAAAUGAACAAUGGAAGGACCUCUGAAAUAUGCUUUAAGAAGUGAAUUAUUGUGCGUCUUACGUGGCGGCACUUUGGUUUUUUUGUUAAAGAUAUCAAGUGGGGACUUCCACACAUUUUGCCCCCACAAAUAAAGAUGGGAGAAUCGAGAA